AUGGAUGAUUUGAAAGAACACGAAAAUCAAAUGGAUGUAUUUCGUCAAGAAAUACCAAUUGAACUACGAAAACAAUUCGAAAACGAUGACGAUGAAGUUACAGAAUUAGGUGAAUGGGCAUAUUCCUUACAAUUUGUUCAAAUAUUUCAACAUCUUAAUAAUGUCGAUCGACUUGAUCUUUCAAAUCAAUUUGUAUUUGAAGAAUUUAAUGAUAAGGACAUAAUUAUUAAUGAAAGUGAAGAUGCCAAAUUCUUUUAUAUUAUUUUACAAGGUGCAGCUAUGGUUUAUAAAACAACAUCUAAUAAUGGUUCACGUGUGAAAAUUACAAAAUUAGGUCCUUACGAUCAUUUUGGUGGUUUAUCGUUAUUUUUUCAUAAACCAUAUGCUGCUACAGUACAAGCUAUUGGACCAUUAAAAUGUCUCAAAAUGGAUGAUAAAAAAUUUCAAACUAAUCUUCAACCAAAGUUAAUUGAUCUUGAACGAGCUGCUCAACAAUAUAAUGCAUUUAUCAAUUUUCCUGUUUAA